AUGUCCGAGAAGAACCCUAGGGAUGACCCAUACAAUUCGGACCUAAAAACACAAGAAAACAACUUCGCAGGUGUCUCCAGCGCGAGUAACACAUCAUCAAAGAGCGUGACAGGUACCACGCGCUCAAAUAUUCAGGCCACUACUACAGAUCGCCGACGCAACCCCUCCCAGAGCCGCCCUAAAGGACGACGGGUAGCGGAAAUCCAGCAACGAUUGACUCAGAAACCCGACAUGUCGCCUCUCCGCAAUCAGAGAUCUAUUGAGAGAAUCAAAGACGAAAGAUAUACACCUUGGAAUAGCGAUGAGAAAUUCAAUGAUUCGGAAAAUAGUCGGUUGGAUGCUCAUGGCCAUUCAUCGGAGAACAUCCAACAGUGGAUGCGUGGUCAAGAUGAAGCCCAAAGCGGAUCUAGUGAGCAAGCAGAACAGGCAGAACCUCCACCUCCAGCAACAGCCAUCGAAUUUGAAGACAGGCUUAAAACCCUGGAGUUUUCAAAGUUGGGAUACAGCUACGCCAUGGAUAAAUUGGGUCAAAAUCCCAAAUCGCGGCCAAACUCUCCGACCACCCGCUCCAACUCAUCCUCCAAAUACCCCUUGGCCUGGUCCGACUCCGAAGAAUCAGUCUACUCUCAAGAAACCUCCAAAACCAGCGUCCCGGAACCUCUGUUCCCAAUUUUCCAGACCAGAUUCAACCUCCGCAUCCAAAUCAACAUGACCCGCAUCCUCAUCGCGCUUACCUGCUGCGAAUUCACCGCCCACACAAGCAAACUGCAAGAGUCCAAACCAUGGCAAUUCUCAGACUCAGAAGUCCAGCUAACAUACGCAAAAAUGGCGCAAUACGCGGACCGCGCUUACGAACUUGCCAAAAAUCUCCACAGCGACGGUCUGAGAGCUCGUGCGUGUUACUGGCUUGGCCGUGCGUACGGUAACCAGUUGUCCUGGGACGAGGCGGCCAAAGCAUUCCAAAACGCUCUCGCGUUCGACACCACAGACGGCGAGGGACUCUCCGACCGCGAGAAAGAAACGGUGCAGCUUUUUCUUGGGAGCGUGCAAUGGCGGGAACGUCAACAAGAUCGCGACGAUAAGUUGCGUCGGAGGAAUACUGGAGAGUUCUCUACGUUAGUAAAGAGCAAAAUCUGGCGCCCGGAGGUCGAUGCUGCGCUGUAUCAAGCCGAUGUCGCGAGAGCGAAAGCCGGCCAUGGUUCCUCAAGCACGCCUCCGCCUGACUCGGCGGAUUCUUUUGAGACGUCGAAUAUUGUUACGCCGAGUUCUGCUGUUGCGGAGUCGGUGGAGAGUGCACCGCUCAAGACACCAGAGAUGCAUAGGCUGUAUAAAUUCACAGAAGAGGAGUUGGAGUAUAUCAAUUAUGGUGGCGAGGCGCCGGCAGCAAUUCUUCGUGGAUACGAACUCGCAUCUCCGCGUGAGGUUCACGAGACGAAUUUGGGGGGUGCGAGACGUGCGCCUCCCAUGCCUAUCAAGAUUCCGGUGAAGCGUGGUGGAAGAGAAGAAGUACGAGGGCAAGAUGAUGAUAAAGAGGAGAGAAGAUCCGAUGUCAAACCUGAUGAUAGAGGUGGCAGCGGUGGUGCUAAGAUGAAUCUAGAAGAUGAACUUAAGGGUUUGCGAUCUAUUGGGGAUGAUGAAGUAGAAAGCUAUGACGGAGAGAGUGACAGGUAUAGUUCAGAGUAUGGUAGCGAUGGUCUUGGAGGGGAAAGGAACGAUGAGGGAAUGUGA